UAGCCGGCUGGGUCAGCGCGGGGCGGCGGGGCCGGACCGGGCUCGGCGGGCUGCGCGCGAGGGCCGGGUCGAGGAGGAAGUGGCGGCGGCAGAGGCGGCAGGACUGCGCGCCCGGAGCCCCGAUCCGCGUCCCCGCCGCCGGGAGGAGGUGCCCGCACGCUCGCGGCGCGCGCCGGGCCGCCAGACUCGGCCUGCGGGCGAUUUCCUCCGGACCCAGGCUCCCCGCUCGAGGAGGAAGAUGCAGACCUUUCUGAAAGGGAAGAGGGUUGGCUACUGGCUGAGCGAGAAGAAAAUCAAGAAGCUCAAUUUCCAGGCCUUCGCCGAGCUGUGCAGGAAGCGAGGGAUAGAAGUCGUACAGCUGAACCUGAGCCGGCCGAUUGAGGAGCAGGGCCCCCUGGAUGUCAUCAUCCACAAGCUGACUGAUGUCAUCCUUGAAGCUGACCAGAACGACAGCCAGUCCCUGGAGCUGGUGCACAGGUUCCAGGAAUACAUCGAUGCCCACCCAGAGACCAUCGUCCUGGACCCCCUCCCUGCCAUCAGGACCCUGCUCGACCGCUCCAAGUCCUAUGAGCUCAUCCGGAAGAUCGAGGCCUACAUGAAAGACGACAGGAUCUGCUCACCACCCUUCAUGGAGCUCACAAGCCUGUGCGGGGACGACACCAUGCAGCUGCUGGAGAAGAACGGCCUGACUUUCCCAUUCAUUUGCAAAACUAGAGUGGCUCAUGGCACCAACUCUCACGAGAUGGCCAUCGUGUUCAACCAGGAGGGCCUGAAUGCCAUCCAGCCCCCCUGUGUGGUCCAGAAUUUCAUCAACCACAAUGCAGUCCUGUACAAGGUGUUUGUGGUUGGCGAGUCCUACACUGUGGUCCAGAGGCCCUCGCUCAAGAACUUCUCUGCGGGCAUGUCAGACCGUGAGUCCAUCUUCUUCAACAGCCACAACGUUUCGAAACCAGAGUCGUCAUCAGUCCUGACUGAGCUGGACAAGAUUGAGGGUGUGUUCGAGCGGCCGAGUGACGAGGUCAUCCGGGAGCUCUCCCGCGCUCUGCGGCAGGCGCUGGGUGUGUCACUCUUUGGGAUAGACAUCAUCAUCAACAACCUGACUGGGCAGCAUGCAGUUAUUGACAUCAACGCCUUCCCAGGCUAUGAGGGCGUGAGUGAGUUCUUCACAGACCUGCUGAACCACAUCGCUACUGCCCUGCAGGGCCAGAGCACAGUCACGGCAGGCGCGGGGGACAUGGCUCCACUGAGGCACAGCAAGCUCCUGGCAGAGCCAGCAGGCAGCCUAGCGGGUGAGCGGACAUGCAGUGCCAGUCCUGGCUGCUGCAGCAGCAUGAUGGGCCAGGAUGCGCCCUGGAAGGCGGAGGCCGACCCAGGCGGCACUGCUAAGCUGCCGCACCAGAGACUUGGCUGCACCGCUGGUGUGUCGCCCAGCUUCCAGCAGCACUGUGUGGCCUCCCUGGCCACCAAGGCCUCCUCCCAGUAGCCAUGGAGCCCAGGACCCAGAGGGGCGGCACAGAGCGCGGAGCACACCCGCUGGGCAAGCAGCUCCCACGGUGACACAACUACUAAGAAUUCCCGAUGAUCUGAUUCUUUCUUUUGUUAAUUUUUAACCUGAUUUUCUGAUGUCGUGAUCUAAAGGAAGGGUGGGGGAAGGUGCAAAAGAACACCAGGUGGUCUGGCCUUGCAGAAAAGGUGGUUGCCGUGCACGUGUGUUCACUUCCAUGCCUGUUCGUCUCCGUGGCCGCUGUGGACCGGCCUCUGGGCCCCUGGCCAGGGUCGACAGCUAGUGAAUGGAUGGUUCCCCUCCUCCUCUCCAAGCCCCCCACGACCGGGCCUGACCCUUCCCAUUUCCCCAUGCUGGUCUUCUCAGAGGCUUUGUAAGGAGCGUGGCCUGAUGCCCUGCUCCUACUAGGCGUGCAGCUAGCCCCUCCCUCCCAGAAGCCAGAGGAGGUGAUGGGCCCCUUGGGGUUUCCAUGCUGGGGGUCUGGGCUGUGAUCCUGCUGCUCUCCGCUGACAGAAGUAAAAGGAAGCUUCGAGGGCAGAGGCCAAGACCUUGGUCGGCUGCCACUCUUCACAUCCCCCUCUUGCAGUCCACCAGGCCCCUCCACACGUGUCCCAUUGAGCCCUGCAUUGGGGCCUCCUUCCCCCGACCCAGCACUGCCACUCCCUGGAGCUGAGAAAGGAGCUGCCUGGCUGGGAGCCCCACCUGUGCCGAGGAUUUGUGCUGUGACUUUGGGCAAAUCAUUCCAAGAGUUUUCAGGCCUCCGUCUCCUUGUCUCUAGUGGGCAGUGAAGACCAGAGAACCCUGAAGGGCUGGCUUAAUGCUCAAACCCCUGGGGGCAGCUCGCUUCUCUGUGAAGCUUCCCAGAUGAGGACAGGUGCGCAGGCCUCCGCAUGGCAUCAGGGAGACCUGGGGCCCUCUUCCUGGGCAGGAGAAGUCUGCCCAUACAGUUCACACCUGUUCACACCUGCUGGGUCCCUCCUUACCUAACAGGCCCAAUCCACCUCUCCUGUGUUUAGGGAUAGCCCCAAGCACUAAGCCAGCCAGGUGCAAGAGAGCAGUCCCCCCCAUCCCCCCCACCUUAGAAUCAUCCCCAUCACGGCAGCAGGCAGACCAGGGCUGAUCCCGAGGCCUAGGCAGGCCAGCAGCCCCUCCACAAAGGGAGGGGGCAAGUGAGGAGCUUUCUCAGUUCCCAGAAGAGGUGGAACACUGGGCGAGACACAUAGGACUCCCUGAGUAUGAUUUUGUCUUAAGAUAUCAGUUCACUUUGAAAAAGGCUUCUGGGUGGUCCUCUGUUGUCCGGUGAGAUAGGACACUGGAGAGAGUGCAGAGCAACCCAAGAGGAGCCGCCCCAAGCAGAGCGCUCAGGAUACGUGCAGCCUGGCUGAGCAGGGGCGCAGGGGUACCCCCUUCAGGAAAGGAGGAGCUGGGCCUGCGUGAGGGGCAGGAGUGUCAGAACUGCCCAGCUUUUUUGGAAACUGAGGGCCCGAUGACUAACUGCGUUUACAGGACUUGAGUGUUGAACCCUGAUUAAUGUCUGUAUGUCACCUUUCCUAGUUCUAACCCUGAGCCCCAGGGAAGCAGGAAAGUGUGGCCGGCCUCUUGCACUGCUUUGUCUCCAAAAUAAACUACUGAAA